AUGCCAAUCAAGCUCCCCAAAGGCUUCACCCGGCGAAAAUCGUCUGGCAAUGCUCUUGAAGAGGUAGAAAACCCUCCUCAGCCGUCCUUCCGAGUCUUCGAACGCCCCGCUGCCGACCGAAAAUCCCUCAGUGAUGCGAAUCUGCUCUCCAAGAGAUUGAGUGACGGCCAGGACCUGUACACUCCGACGGAGGAGGAGGAUAAUAUCUUUGCGGGUACCGAGAAUCUGCCUCCCAAGCACCGGUCCUUGUCGCUGACUCGUCGGCAACAUAGUGGUGGCAUCCCGGGGGGUUCAUCCGAGAGUUCAUCAUCGAUUCGAUUCAGCUCAUCGUCACUGCGCCGCUCUUCGACAGACGUUCCAAUUCAAGCGAACGGCCAAUCGCCGCACACGCGCCACCUCCACGACAUCCCCAUUCCCCCGAUUUCCGGCGCGUUGCGCGCAGCGGGCAGAACCUUUUCGUUUGGAGGAAGAUUUUCCAAACCUUCACCAUCGAUCGCGCCAGACCGACCGCCCAUUCGUCCGCCCCCCAGGAAUAGAACCAUGACAUCCAGUACCGCUAGCACCGCAACACCACCCAAGCUAUUAGACGAUUUGAACGUAGGAGGGCUAGGGGACGAGUUUGGCAAUAUGUUUGACGAUCUAGGGAAGCGUGAGAGUGUCCUUCUCCCCGAGCCGAUUUCUGGUCGAAAAUCGCCGAAUAUGUUCUCGUCUUCUUCGCACAGUUCACCCGCAACUACUCGAAAAGAGGAGAAAGCCGCGCGCCCGGCUCCAAUCAACACGAAUGUACCCACAGAAGUGGAAGCUUCUCCUUACUCUUGGGACAGUCGACAUUCUGGGGAGGGCCUGCUUAAUGCGAUGAAUUCUCCCCCAGUAGAUUUCCCAGGAAACCGCCUUGAAUUGCCUAGUCCCAAUUCAUCGUUUCCUGAAGGGCGGCGGAAAUCAUUGCCCUUGGCGAGUGCCGUGCCCAACGCCACAACAUCUCAUCGCUCACUCAUGAAGCCCCAAACGACAGGUGACAAGGGACUGCGGAGGAGUGUCAUCUACUCGACAAAGCGAGAUUCUGCGCCUGUCGAAGACGAGGAUGCGAGGCUGAUCAUGGAAUCGCUCCAUACAACCAAAAACGGUGUGCAUUUUGCAUCGAGCUCCGACCACGAGGCCUCGGAUUCCGAGAACCAUGCCCCCUUGGCGGUCAAUGGAUCUGCGAACGCUGCCCAUCGUCCUGGACUCCCGGAAUCCCACUCCCAAACUCGACGUCAAUCCCUUCCGGUGGCUGAAAGCCAACUGGAUCCUUCUAUCGCGGCGCAUGCGAUGUUGGCCGCUCAGUAUGAGCAAAGCCAGCCAAAGUCCAGCGGCCCAGCCAAUAAAGUCAUGACGCCUUCUCAAUUCGAACAUUAUCGCCGGCAACAAGAGCUUAGAAGAUCCAACAGCGAUGCAUCAAAGAGCGAAGACUCUGCUGAAAGCGAUUUUGAUGAAGAGGAUGAGGUGGAGAAGAGCCGCGAAGCAGAGAGGCUACGUCGAAAGCAGGAGGCUCAUCUGUCCGUAUAUCGACAACAGAUGAUGAAAAUGACGGGCCAACAGUCUCCAGCACCGUCCCUACGUCCAGAGCUGGACCGUGCUAGCAACAGUACGCCGAACCUUCCAACCCUUCCGAUGAACUCUGGCACCGGACCCGGCGCUGGGAAUCGCGCCGAGGGCGACGAAGAUGAGGACAUCCCGCUCGGGAUCCUGGCCGCUCAUGGCUUCCCAAACAGAAACCGACCUCCCACUCGUUUGGCACCUUCAAGUUCUAUCCCGAAUCUUCGAGCCUCCUUUCAUCAACCAUACGUGUCGUCUCCUGGGUCUGUGGCCGGCGACAAUGAUCUGACGAAUCGUAGCAGCUUGCCUGUCUUCGCCCGAAACCUCCCUCGGGACCCUUAUUACGGAGCAAGCUUGGUCAAUCAAGCCAAUAGAGAAUCUUUAGCUUUUGGAGGAGGAGGAGGAGGAGCCUCCGUCCAUGGUGGCCCUACUGCUGCCUCUGCACUACCCCCUGGCGGCUUAGUGGGUGUCAUCGCCACGGAAGAACGAGCCAGAGCAAUGCGAAGAGGCAGUCCAAAUACCCAAGCCGUAUACGAGUUCCAAACCGGAAUGGGGAUGGCAGGGUCAACGACUCCACCUGGCGGCGUUCCAAGGCCUUACACGAUGAUGGGUAUGAAUCCUCCGGCACUUCAACCAAGUGUCUCUGCCACCGAGCAGGCCCAAAUCCAGCUUUCACAGCAGAUGUCACAGAUGAUGCAAGUCCAGAUGCAAUGGAUGCAGCAAAUGAUUCAUAUGCAAGGGGGACAGACCCCGCCAGGACCACCAAUGCUGCCACCCAUGGGGUUCCCACCGUCACUGCCUGCGGGUGCAAAUUUCAGACCUGCUUCUAUGCCCUCAGCUGGACCGUUCAACCAAGCUCCGGCCGGUCUUGGUGAUCAGAGAACUCUUAGUAUGCUGGAUCCGAAUGGUCCUUCUCGUCUGAACGGCCCAGCGAUGCCCUAUCUCCCGCAGGGUAUUCGACCCGGCACUCCGGGAGGCGCCGGCUAUGCGCCGUCCAUUGCCCCAUCCGAACGCAGUAACGUCGGAAUGGCACCGCGAUAUCGACCUGUAUCGACAAUACACCUUGACCAAGGGUCCACGGUCUAUUCGCCUAUGGCUAAUAAGUGGAACGACGAGAACCAGAAAGCAGCUCCUCCCGCUGUGUCACAUAUGGCGAAGACCCCCUCAAUGCCAAUUGUAACCGUCCAGCCCAUCCCGACUGAAGAGCGACUGUCUACUCAGGGCAGAAACAGCACCACCACUGGAAAAGACGAUGAGGAUGACGACGAAGGUUGGGCCGAAAUGAUGAAAAAACGUGAGAAGAAGCGAAGCAACUGGAAAGUCAAGAAAGAAACAUCAAGCCUCGGCGAUCUGUUGAACGCGGUGCAUUGA